AUGUUCCUGUGGGUCGACGACAAAGUGGGAUUUGCAACACCAGUCUUGGGAUCCUGGAACCCCUUCUUCCCCAUCCACGCCGAGGAGUCUAAUAUCUACCAGGAAUUCUACGGCUGGCCCCAGGUUGCCGAGACUGCUAGGAAGGCUAUUGCUAGCAUGAUGCAUUCGAGUGAGCUCGGCAACGACUUACAGGUCCAGCAAUUCUGCUACGGACAGUUGAUCAGCUUGGCGCAUGUAGCCGAUUUCAAAUCAAUGGUUUCUUUUGCCUUUGUUGACUUCAUUGUCCCAACAGUCUACUCAUCUUCGCCGAUCAUGAUUACGCUAUACUGCGAGGGAACUCCCAACCCUCUCAAGAUUUCCAUCGCGCUGGAGGAAUUGGGCUUGGAGUACAAGGUCCGCAAAAUCAAUCUCUUUAACCACGAACAGAAAGAACAGUGGUUUCUCGAUAUAAACCCCAACGGCCGCAUUCCAGCUAUUGUCGACACGGACGAGAAUGGUCGCGAGCUGAAUAUCUGGGAAAGUGGUGCAAUCUUGCAGUAUCUUGUGGACCGGUACGACAAAGACCACAAGAUCUCGUAUCCUCAAGGCAGCAAGGAAUACUGGCAGAUGACAAGCUGGCUCUUUUGGCAGGUGAGCGGUCUCGGCCCCAUGCAGGGUCAAGCAAACCAUUUUAAAAUGUCCGCUUUCGGCGACUAUCCGUACGCCUUAAACCGCUACGUCAACGAAACACGCCGUCUCUACCGCAUCAUGGAUAAGGCCCUUGCAAACAAUCCUUCCGGAUAUCUCGUUGGUGAUCAUCUGAGCAUUGCCGACAUCGCUAUCUGGCCAUGGACAACUGCGUACAAGUACAGUGGCCUAUCCCAGAUUGAUGAAUUCCCUCACGUUAAGGAUUGGAUGUAUAGACUCCUCGCACGUCCCGGUUUUGAGAAGGGUCGCAACGUGCCGAGUCCUCAUCUUUACCUCCAGCUCAACGAGCUGUCAGACGAAGAACUGACGAAGUUGGGGAAGGAGAGAUCAGGAUGGAUUCAGGAGGCUAUGAAGCGCGAUGCAGAAUGA